AUGGCAUGUCUCUGUCAUAUUUUUAUGUUGAUUAUAUUGUUGAAAACUGGAUAUUCAUAUAACUGCAGUUAUUUUUUCAAAUUGAUUCAAAAUGACAAAAUCGUCUUGCAUAAUGCCACAGAUAAAGAAGUGGAAUCGUUACAUGCAUGUUUAUUGGAUGAAACGCUUGUACUUAGAUUGUUAAUCCAACAAAGCAAGUUAACAUUAGAUACCUUGGUUUUUGCAUUGCCUGACAGGGUCAGAAAAACAUUAAGUGUUUUGAUAAUUACCAACAGCGAAGUGAGGAAAGUGCCAGGAGAUGUGCUUUCGAAUUUAACAAGUUUAAACAGCAUAGAUUUUGCUUGCAACAGAAUAUCUGAAAUGGAACAAAAUGCUUUCCAAGAUAUGGACAAGGUGUCGUCAAUAGAUUUGUCUUUCAACAACUUGACUAAAAUAUCAGCGAGAACCUUCAUCAAUUUACCUAAUUUGAUGGAACUCAAACUGAAUGGGAAUAAUCUCGCUUUUAUCUCGCCAGAUGCGUUCAGCAACGUACCUGAACUUGAUGUUGUAUACCUCGACAAUAAUGAACUGCAAGACAUCCCUUAUGAUGCCUUCAAAAAUUCUCCAAUAGAGUACUGGCAUAUUGCUUCCAACAAUAUAGAAGAAAUAUCUUCACAGAUUGGCCAGUUUGCCAAUCUCGUUAGUAUCGAUGUCAGCGGAAAUAAUCUAAAGACUGUUAGUUGGCAGUUGUCGACAUUACAGCAUCUGGAAAGGCUCUUUCUCAACGAGAACCAUCUGACAACAUUACCAGAAGAACUGACAUGUCUAAUUGUGAACAGAUCUUUUCACAUUGUAUUAGAAAAUAAUCCAUUACACUGCGACUGUGAUCUUCUUUGGCUGAUCAUCAUUCAUCAGAACGGAAUGUUGUUCGAGGAUCUAAAUUGCACAACACCUGAAAAUAUUAGCAUGAAUAGUUUUGUCACUACUGAUGUUGUGUGUAAACAGGGAAUAGAUAGUUCAGUUUCAGGUUUGACAGGCUACAAAAUAGUUGCAGUCAUAUUGUCAGCUACUGUAGUCAUCUGUGCAUGCCUUGCAAUUGUAGCACUGUUCUUAUUCCGGACCCGCACGAAAGGGAUCAAGAGACCAAUCAGAAUGAUAUUGAACGGCCAGUAUUACAGACCAAGAUCUGUUGCAGACAUUGCUGCUGAUUCCAACACUUUACAGUACACAUCGUUUGAAGGAUAUGAAGUGCCGAAACUGAACACAAGCAAUGGUGGAUGCGUGGACAGUAAGCAAUACGGUUCAUUACGAUUAGGCCAGUUAAUUGGAAGAGGAGCUUUCGGCGAUGUUUUUGAGGGCUUUGCCUCAGACAUUGAUAAUGUGUGGAGGAAAGUUGCAGUGAAAAAAAUGAGAGGAAAUGCAAGAAUAGAUGAAUCGGAAACACUUGCUAUAGAAUAUCGAAAUUUAUCCAACAUUGGGAAUCAUCCAAAUGUCAUACAAAUGUUCGGCACUGGAGAAAUAAAUGGAUCCAUGAUAAUGGUAUUGGAGUUUGCAGACAAUGGUGACUUACUUGCUCAUCUGAAAAAGUUGAAUCAAGUCAAUUCCAAAGUUAUACAAAACCUGGACUCGUCUGAAUGGAAAGCGUACUUGCAGAAAUCACAUCCUCGUAUGUUUGUAUAUAUGUGGCAUAUUGCCAAAGGCAUGGACCAUUUAUCAAAAUUACAGAUUAUCCACAGGGACCUGGCGGCAAGAAAUAUACUUCUUACUUAUGAUCAUGUGGCGAAAAUAUCCGACUUUGGAUUAUCACGGGACGUUUAUGAGAACGGCUAUUAUUAUCAAUGUUCAAACGGAAGGAUGCCUUAUAAAUGGAUGAGUCCUGAAUCAUUAUCAAACGGAAGAUACACCCCUAAAAGUGACAUUUGGUCUUAUGGGAUUUUACUAUGGGAAAUUAUGACAUUAGGAGCUGGGCCAUAUCCUGGGAUACCGCCGGAUAUGUUGCAGGAAAUGUAUAAACAGAACUACGUUAUGCCGUCGCCACCUCUGUGUCCAGAAAAUAUAUACAGUAUUAUGAAAGAGUGCUGGUCUUUUUUGCCCGAAAGACGACCUGAAUUUUACGAUUUACUCGACAAGUUGGACAAGUUUCUGCAAACAGUGGGAAAUAAGGAGUCCUAUAACACUGUGUAGAGACAAAGGAAAUGGACGAAGUUUAUCUUUUUGUUAGGAGUGUUCUAUACUGGAUAUUGUGUCAGUUUUGUAAAUAAAC